CGAGAGAGACAGAGAGUGAGCGAGAGAGAGGGGGGAGAGAGAGAAAUAGAGAGAAAGAGAGUGAGAGAGAGAGAAAAGGGGGAGAGACUUAGAGAGAGGGGGAGAGAGAGAAAGAGAUCAUCACAAGGUAAAAGUCAGACCGUGGAGGGAGCGCACUUACUGGAUAUACGCAGGGAGGGAAAAGUAAAAGUGUCUUUGGCCGGAGUGACUUUAGCUCUUACUUUCUGCUCCUUCCUUCCUCUCCAACCGCUCCGCCCUGCAUUCCGCGGAGCAGCUGUGUUUUAAUGCGAACCCGAGGAGGAGAGGAAGUAGAGAAGAGUGACGAAGAAGAGACAGAAGAAGAGGAAGAAGGGAGAAGAAGGCCUGGACGCCACCCCUCCUCGCCCUCUGGAUCUCUGUCCACUCUCCCCUCCUGGCCCUGCAUGGACGGGGAUGGGGAGAGCCGGAUGCUGUUGCCGCGGGGCUGAGCGCCUCGCCUCCCCGUCUCUGGUGCGCCGUUUCCGGCCACUGCUGCUGCUGGUCAUCGCUCUGUGCUGCGGUGCUCAGAUAGGUCAGUGUCAAGUGGCCACCCCUCAGUGUCGCAUCCAGAAGUGCACCACCGACUUCGUGUCCCUGACCUCCCACCUGACGCCGGCUGUGGAUGGCUUCCACAUUGAAUUCUGCAAGGCUUUGCGUGCGUACUCAGCCUGCACCCAGAGGACGGCCAAGUCCUGCCGGGGGAACCUGGUCUUUCACUCGGCCGUGCUGGGCAUCUCAGACCUCAUGAGCCAGAGGAACUGCUCCAGAGACGGGCCCACUUCCUCCACGCACCCCGAGGUCCACCUGGAGCCCUGCAGCUACCACAGUCGCACCCAGCACGCCCACACACACUCCCACGUGCAUGCACAUGCGCACGCUCACAGCCACGGCCACUCUCUGCCUGUGUACCUGUUCUGCGGGCUGUUUGGGGACCCGCACCUGAGGACAUUUAAGGACAGUUUCCAGACUUGUAAGGUGGAGGGGGCGUGGCCUCUCAUCGACAAUGACUAUCUGUCGGUGCAGGUCACUAAUGUUCCCGUGGUUCCUGGCUCCAGCGCCACAGCAACCAAUAAGAUAACUGUCAUCUUUAAACCCUACGAUGGCUGCACAGACCAGAGGGUCUACCAGGCCAUCACAGACAACCUCCCCGCGGCCUUCGAUGAUGGCACUGUGAGCAGUGGAGAACCCAUCCACUCUUUAGCUGGUGCGGACGGCUCCACUGGGAAGGUCCGGGCUCUGUGGAUCUCUGAGCGCACCCCGGGCCACCACAUAGAGCUGCACGCCGGCUACAUCGGUGUGACUGUGAUUGUUCGCCAGAUGGGCCGCUACCUGACCCUGGCGGUGCGGAUCCCGGAGGAGCUGGCCCAGGCCUACGACGCCACCCAGGACCUGCAGCUCUGUCUGAACGGCUGCCCCAGUGCAGAACGCAUCGACCAGGCUGGACACCUCCCCCUGCCCAUCUCCCCUACUGCGCUUGGCCUGCAGCUUCAGCACCUCCGUCGGCCCAGCUACUCAUCACAGAUACAAGCGUCCCCCUACGGUCCUCUGCAGGUUUUCAGCGUGGAAGGGGCGAAGGAGCGCUGCAGGGAGAAGCUGGAGGUGCAGGACAUUUACUUUCACUCCUGCGUGUUUGAUCUCUUGACCACCGGGGAUGCUAAUUUCACAGUGGCGGCGUUCAGCGCCCAGAAGGACAUGGAAAGCCUCCAUCCACACCGGGACAGAUGGAGGAUCUACCCCCGCGGCUCGGCCACCUCAACCUUACACUCUGAUUUUCCACCUAUCAGGCGGCUCGCUCUGCUCCUGCUGUGUGCUCUAAGUGUGGCGUUCACGUAUUAGCGAGAGAGGACAUCUUCUGGUGUGCCUGCAUGCGUGCAGGCUUGUGUAUGGUUGUGCACUAGAAAGAGAGUUUUUUUUUGAUAAGCACUGAUUCCUCUCACGCUGCGAGUGUACAGCAGACGUGACAGCUACCAGAAUCCAGAUGUUUUUGUAGAAGAGGUGGAAGACACUCCCAGAGGGCACAGGAGAUACUGACUGCAUCUUACCUCCUAGAAUCAGUCCUCUGGAGGUAAACAACACAGGAGAUGGGAUGAUGGCUUACACAAUCUGUCUUCUUCUUUGGAUAGGAAAACCAUGGACAAUAACACAGACAUUGAUGAGUGGGUGAAUUGAGACUGUACAUAGUUCAUUUUGUCAUCAGUGCACAGUGUCAUGUCAUGGUGUUUGGAGUUUCUUUUUGAUGUGAUUUUUCUUUAAUACCUCAGACAGAGGACGUUUGUUUUAACAAAAGCACUUUAUUUUGAUUUUGAUUUUUAAAAACUAAUCCACAUCAGUGUUUCUUCCUCUCACUUGCUUUCCUCCACCAAAAAACUCCAGUAGAUCAGAUUUGAGUUUUUUUGAUCUUUUCAAAGUAGAAGUCAGCUGAUCACAACGAGCUGCCAGUUUUCUCAGAAAUGAAUCACUCUUCCAGUAGCUGAUUUGACUCCGUGUCCCGUUUUAAAGUCGCUCAUUGUGAGUCGUUCUGUUGAAUGUAUUAUGAACAUUGUCACAGCAAAUGCCAUCAGUGCUAUUUUGUUGCUCUAUGAAUUUGUUGUGUUUCCUCAGUCCUGAUUUCAAAUAUGUGUGUGUGUGUGUGCGUGUGUGUACUUGUGAAUGUGCAUGCGUGCGUCAUUGGUGACAUGCUUGAAUCUGUGACCAUACUGGCUCAAGUUUUGCUUCUCAACGUAUUCUUUGUUGUUUUAAUUUGAGCCAAAGACGGAUGAUGUAUUUUUUUAAUGUGGAAACAAUAUCAUAACUCACCUCCAAACCAGCACCCAUCUCCUCCUCUUCCCCCUCUUCCUCCUUCUCCUCCUCCCCUGUUUUUUAAAAUGCUACUGUAGACUAUUUUUCUCCUACUACCACGAUUGACAAGCUGCUCCUUAAUGACAUAUGUGUACGAUACUGGAGUGUAGACAAAACACUGCAAAUCACUGAGGAAACUUCCCCACAGUCUGCUUGGAUACAUAUACUCCAGCUCUGUAUUGUGGGUAAUUAAUGCCAUUUGAUUCCUAGUAGAUAUGCCAAUCCCUACAACUGUGAGCUUUCUUAACAUGUAACAUACUGUAUAGUUAUGUCACACUUGUUUGGCCACAUAAGCUUAAUCUCUGUUGUCUUAUUUUGGCAUUGUGACCUCUUACAUCACGUGUGAGUUGGUGUCAGUUCGGUGAAGAGUGACUGGUCAGUGUUGAAAUACUUAACUUAUUUAUGAACGUAGUGUCCUGUAGAGGAAGUAAAGCUCCAUAUUCUUACUGUUGGAUAAUAAUUUAAAAAUAAUGUCAGAUGUGAUUGUACUGCCACCUAGUGGUGCUCUGUUGCUAAAUGUGUUAUGUUAAAAAAAAGAAAAGAAAAAAAAGAGGAAACAAACUGUGUGCAAGUGUUUUAUUUAAAACAAUAAAGUCCAAA